AUGAGACUGGACAGUGAGGCUUUUCUUGCAGCAUCAUCACCUGUGAUAAUGACUAUAUGCUCGCUUUGUUCUCCAGCGCUUUCAAAACCGUCAAGACUUCCACCUCUUCCAGAACCAUGGAAUAAAGGUUGCGCUUUCGUGGAGUCUAGUUCUACGCCGUAUUUUAUCGCUUUCAAGGGUAAUGAUACCCCGCCUGAAGACGUUGGGUUACCUCACCAUGCAGGUCUUGACGCACUCAAACAAUCUGCUAAAGAAUGCCCCCUUUGCCAAAUGAUCAUGGAAAGAGUUGGUGAAUUUGUUGAGGGUCUUGAGAGGGAUGAACAGGAUCAAGAUCAACGCUAUUUCGUGUUUGAGCGCCAGGGUCACGGUAUUCCUGACAAAUGGGUCUUCAGUCUUGUGCAGAGACUUGAUGAUGCGGAUGGCUUUUGUGUUUUGGCGGAUAGUACGAAUAGGAAGUAUUUGUAUCUGAUGGAUGUUUUUGGGUUCUGUGUUGAUCCUCAGGAUACACUCUACUCGGCUAAGCGCCCAGAAACGAACGACGCCGGGUUAAUUCUUCGAGGCUCGAAAGUCGAACCAGAUGCAGGGUCUGAAUAUACCUUGGAUGUGGCCGCAGGAUGGCUUCGAGACUGCGAAAAGAACCACACCGUUUGCCAUCCUCCCAAAACUCGUCUUCCCUCACGUAUCCUAGACCUCGAUGGUCUAAAAGACCCCAGCAAGAUCCGACUGUUGGAAACACGCGACAAGGAAAGCUACGACUCCUACGUGACCCUCAGCUACUGCUGGGGUUCUGAUCCGUCGUUUCACGUGCGGACGACCCAUGCCACGAUGUCCGAACACCUCGACAGCAUCGAUGUCGACAGCCUUCCCCGAACAUACAAAGAUGCGAUCAAGAUCACCCGUCACCUUGGUAUUCGGUAUCUGUGGAUUGAUUCGUUGUGUAUUUGCCAGGACGAUGUUGAUGACUGGGCCAGAGAGUCAGCUGCCAUGCAACAGGUCUAUGCCGGGGCUUACAUGUCCAUCGCAGCAGAUAAUGCAGCUGGUUCAGAGCAGGGCUUCUUGAAGAGACCAGGACGAAAGUAUGUUCCUGUGACUCUCAACAAUGAGCAAUCGGUAUAUGCCUUCCAAAUUCCUCCCGCCAAAGCAUCUCACGCCCGCGCCUGGAUGACAUUCCACAACGAACCCCUCACCACCCGAGGCUGGGCCACACAAGAACGCCUUCUUCCCUACCGAGCCCUCCAUUUCGGCAACGAUCAAAUGUUUUUCGAGUGUAACUGCCACUUUCUCUCCGAAGACGGGGUCGAAGUCAAAGGUCGCUGGAACUCACUGUAUCCCGGCCCGAAAAAGAAGGGCUUCAAGGACAUUGCUCGCAAGUCGAGAGUGAGCACGACGCAUCAGCAGUGGUAUUUGAUUCUGGAAGAUUUCUUUCACAGGGACGUUACUAUUGUAACCGAUCGGCUGCCAGCGAUUUCUGGAUUAGCUGCGCUUUUCCAGAAGAGGCUCAAUGAGGAGAUGGGGAAUGUUGAAUAUGUUGCUGGCCUGUGGAGUAAUGGUUUGGUCGAGGGCCUCGAAUGGCAGUCUCUUAGCUCCAAAGCAGAAAAGGAGACUUUCCCCGACCAGAAACCGCUGCCUGGCGAAGAAGGAUAUAUUGCACCGACCUGGAGCCCUGCAUCUUAUAUCGGGGUUUCUGCGCAUGGGGCGACUAUGCCUGGUUGGGUUGACAUCGCGCAAAUCACGGGUUAUCACACAACGCCCAAGACAAUGCAGAAUCCACUUGGCGAAUUGAUUGAUGGAUGGGUUAGUAUUCGCGGUCCGAUGAUAAAGCUACAUAUUAGCGAUCUACCAGACGAGGACCAAGCAAAACUCGGAACCUUCCGUCGCAACAUAAGACUGUGUACACCUACCGGCGAUGACUUUGGCUCAUAUUCAUCCUUUGAUGGUAUGCGUGGCCAGAACGCCGAAACUCGUGCUUGGGUUGAGAAGAGUGAGAUAUUCGCUUUUUUCAUGACUGAGAAGAAGUUUGAUGAAGAUGGGAAUGAGAAGAGCCCUCCCAUGACGUUUCGUUGUCUGCUGGUUACACCUGUGAGUGAGAAAAGACGCGUUGUGCCUGGGAGGAAUGAGUAUAUGAGGGUUGGAACGUUCUUCCUGGAUGAAGACGAUCUUGCUGAGGAUAAAGGAAUUGUUAGGGAUGUGGAUGGGUUCACAGAGAUAGUUCUGGUAUAA